UUGUUUACAUUAAGCUGCAUGAGAGGGGCUUGUUUGAUUAGCUGUUCACCAUGAUAACUUCUGUCUGCGUCAGGUAUUUCCAGCUGACCUCAGUGGAGCAGCAUAUGAAGGUGGCCUUCUCCAAAGUGCUGAGGCACACUAAGAAGAACCCAUCCAACCCCAAGGACAAGAGUACUACCAUCCGAUACCUGAAGGGCUCAGGGCCCCAUCACCUUGGCCAAAAGGUGACUGAUGACAUGUAUGCAGAGCAGUCAGAGGACCCUGAGAACCCCCUGCGCUGUCCUAUCAAACUCUACGAUUUUUACCUCUUCAAAUGUCCUCAGUGUGCCAAGGGGCGGAAUGACACGUACUACUUGACUCCGGAGCCAGUGGUCGUGCCCAACAGCCCUAUCUGGUACUCAACACAGCCAAUCCCCAGCCAACAGUUGGAGCAUAUGCUCACACGCAUCAGCAUGGUGCGGGAAAUCCAAGAAGUCAUCGCCAUGGCAUCCACAAAUGUAAACUGACCCGAGUGAGCGUCUGUCUCUCCAUUGUGGUGGAUUCAUUAGAACUUCUCUCUUCCAGCAGCAGUCUGGAGGACUCCAGCAUUUCCUGCUGGAAAUUGAACUUAAUGGCCUUUUCACUUUUUUUUUUUUUUACAUAAAAUAUAUAUAAGAAUAUGUACACCUAAAGAUACAUCUCUGUUAAAUCACCUCCUGACUGCUACUAUCAUGAAAUCUACCACAGUGAAUGGAACUUCUGGUAAGGUAGCUCAGUCAUGGACUGUACGUUUAAUUCCACCAGUUUCCCCACACCCAAACCUCAUUUGCAAGUUUCUGUGAAGUAAGUACCCGAUUUCUUUGGUGGAAAGAGACAGACCUAAGUAGAAAGCUUGGGAAGAUGUUCCCUACACACACACACACACACUCACUCACAGCUCUCCAACCUACCCAAACUGAUUUCACCAGUGAGGAAGAACCUACUGAGCAGGGUCAUGGCUCCCUGUAGCACGUCAUCUGCAGUAUGAUUAUAUAUUAAAUGUGAUUUCUGUUUUGCUUUUUAUUUUUAUAUCUGUAUGUAUAAUCUCCCUGUCUGUAUUGAAAUACUGGAGUUGGGAGGUUAUGCAGGAAAAGUUCAUGGUUUCAAACAUGCUUUUUGUACAGUUA